AACCGGUUGUACUCAUAAAUAACCAACACCACCAUUGCUUUGCUAACCCGUACAUGGCUCCCAACAACUGGAUGACCAUUUUGUUUUCAUGUUACAAGAAGCCAACAUUUGACCCUGAAAAAGCUGUUUCUAAACUUGGUUCGUCACAGAGGUUAUCAGCAACCGAUGUUAGCUCAUCGCUUUCGAUGAUUAAUGGUCUUUCGAAUUUGAUAGUUGGGUGGGAUGUUCAUGAGUUCACUUUCGAUCAACUUACUAUGAUCACACAUGAUUUUGCGUCUAGCAAUUACCUUGGUGAAGGAGGGUUUGGAACGGUUCACAAAGGCUUCAUUGAUGAUAAGCUUAGGCCCGGGUUAGAAGCUCAACCCGUUGCGGUUAAGUUGUUGGAUUUGGAUGGUGGUCAAGGUCACAAUGAAUGGCUGGCUGAAGUGACCUUUUUGGGGCAAUUGAGGCACCCACAUCUUGUGAAGUUGAUCGGUUAUUGUUGUGAGGGUAGAAACAGGCUUCUUGUUUAUGAAUACAUGGAAAGGGGCAAUUUGGAGAGUCAACUAUUUGGAGGGUAUUCAAUUUCUUUGCCAUGGGUAACCCGGAUUCAAAUAGCACUUGGUGCUGCAAAAGGACUAGCCUUUCUUCAUGGCGAGGAAAAGCCCGUCAUUUAUCGCGAUUUCAAAACUUCAAAUAUUCUAUUGGCAUCGGAUUAUACUGCUAAACUAUCUGAUUUUGGGUUAGCAAAAGACGGUCCUGAAGGAGAUGAGACGCAUGUGAGUACACGAGUGAUGGGAACACACGGUUAUGCCGCACCAGAGUACAUCAUGACAGGUCAUCUAACAACUAUGAGUGAUGUGUAUAGUUUUGGGGUGGUGUUACUAGAAUUACUAACUGGAAGAGAGUCGAUGGACAAAAAACGACCGCAUAAAGAACAGUGUCUGGUAGAAUGGGCUAGACCACUAUUGAAAGAUCCAAACAAUCUUGACCGGAUCAUGGACCCUAAACUAGACGAUCAAUAUCCGAUCUUAGGGGCUAAGAGAGCGGCAGCUCUGGCUAGCCGGUGCCUGAGCCACCACCCCAAAUGCAGGCCAACCAUGAAUGAAGUCGUCAAUACCUUGGAACAUGUAUUGGAACUCAAAGAUUCCCCGGUUGAUUCUUUUGUGUAUAUUGCUCCUAUAGAAGGAGAAAACGAUGACGAAAAGGAUAACAUUAAUGUGGGGGCGCAGGCGCAGGCGGAGGCGCAGGCGGAGGCUGUGGAGAAGAAAGGAAACAACUACCAUGGAAUGAGACAUAAGCAUAGGAUAAGAUCUCGAGCAGUAUACUCCGAUACAGCUUUGUAUAAAAAGGGGAUGUGAAUUUGUUGAUUUUAUUUAUUGUGAUUGAUUCAUCUUCAAAGGGAGAUUUGUAAUAACACAACACCAUCUAUAAUGUACGUUAAUGUUGCAUUAUAAAUUCUUAUUUUUUCAUAA